AAUAAUAGGCUUUCAUCAGCACUUUGGAUGUUGAGUCUGCUCAUAUGAUUAUUAUUGUGUGCAUUCAAAUCCCCCUCUCUCCUCUCAUCUUCAAAUUUCAAUCAUUAAAAAUAGCUAACUUCUGUCUUCUUCUGUCUGCUUUUUGGCUUUGGCACAACAAACACACCCAUCAGAUACAUAGAGAAAGAGAGCAAAACCCAAGAAUAUUCAAAAAUUCAAAUAUAGCUUCGAAGAUUUAAAUCAUGUAAGCCUAUCUCCUUAGGCUUCAAAGAUUGCUUGCUCUCUCUGUCCUUUUUAUUUACUCCAUCCACUCUUCAGAUUUCUCUAUUUCAUGUCUGUCUGCUUGAACUUGAAGAACAUAGGAGAGAGACAGGGAGAGGAAAAUAAAAAAGAAAAUGAAGCUUCCUUCUUUUGUGCUUCUUUUGCAUGGACCCAUUUGGAGUUUUGUUCACUUAGUUGAGGAGGUUGAUGCCAGACCAGACCCUCUUGUUUCUUCUCUAUCUGUUCCUCUUUCUUCACCUUCACCAGCACCACUCACACCUAUUCCUCCAAACUUAUCAUCAAUGGUGGCCUUCUCUCCAGGGAGUCAAGAGGGAAGUGAAAAUCAUCACCAAAUGGAUCCAAAUAAAAAACUGCUUAUAGCACUCAUUGUUGCCUCUACUGCAUUGGGUGCAAUCAUAUUGUCUUUAACAUGUUUGUGGAUUUACCAAAGAAGGAACUCACUCAAAUCCCACAACGAAAAUCCAUAUAACUCAGAUUCCCUAAAAGGUUUUUCAUUAGCUCCCCUUAUAGGUAGUAAAUACAAUUCCUCGAGGAUGAGAAGUAACAAAAGAGCUGUAUCUUUGAUGGAUUACAAAUCACUCGAAACCGCUACAGAAAAUUUUCAAGAAAGUAAUAUUUUGGGGGAGGGUGGUUUUGGUUGUGUUUACAAGGCCCGGUUGGACGACAAUGUUGAUGUGGCCGUGAAGAGACUAGACGGUGGAAGUCAGGAUUCCAUAAAAGAAUUUGAGACUGAAGUGGAUUUAUUGAGUAAAAUUCAGCAUCCAAAUGUAACUUCUCUCUUAGGUUAUAGCAUUCAUAGCAAAACAAGGCUUCUUGUGUAUGAAUUGAUGCAGAAUGGAUCCCUGGAAACUCAAUUACAUGGACCUUCUCAUGGAUCAGCUUUAAAUUGGCAUCUUCGGAUGAAAAUCGCUCUUGACACAGCAAGAGGAUUAGAAUAUUUGCAUGAGCACUGCAACCCACCAGUGAUCCAUAGAGAUCUGAAAUCAUCUAAUAUUCUUCUAGAUUCCAACUUCAAUGCCAAGCUUUCGGAUUUUGGUCUAGCAGUAACUAAUGGGAGCCAAUACAAGAAAAACAUCAAGCUUUCAGGCACCCUAGGCUAUGUAGCCCCUGAGUAUCUAUUGGAUGGUAAAUUGACUGAUAAAAGUGAUGUAUAUGCAUUUGGGGUUGUGCUCUUGGAGCUUCUACUGGGAAGAAAGCAUGUUGAAAAACUGGCACCAGCUCAAUGCCAGUCCAUUGUCACAUGGGCCAUGCCUCAGCUCACUGACAGAUUGAAACUCCCCGACAUCGUCGAUCAUGUGAUCAGAAAUACAAUGGAUUUAAAGCACCUAUACCAAGUUGCGGCUGUAGCAGUGCUAUGUGUGCAACCAGAGCCAAGUUAUCGGCCACUGAUUGCAGAUGUUUUGCAUUCUCUCGUCCCUCUUGUUCCCGUCGAGCUUGGAGGCACACUACGAGUUCCACAACCUGAGUUUCCGGUGGAUGACACAACAGUCCCUUCCAGUUGCUGAUACUGUGUUUGGAAGUUUUGAAUGUGUUUUCACUUCUCAGUUUCAAUAAUUUCUUAGUAGGAUCAUGUUAAUGAGGAAGAUCAAAAUACACCUUGUAGUACACUUACACAAAUAUGAUUGACUAUAUAUCAAAAGGAAAAAUCAAAUAAAUUAUAUGAGUUUUAUCUGUUGAGUUUUCUAAAAA